AGCUGAGCCGUCCCACUGAAGCAGUGUUCUGCCUCCUAUCCCUGGAAACCAGUCUUAGGUUCAGUUAUUUGAUUAGUUGACCUGGAGCUUAUGUAAUUAGAAGACACACUAGUUUCCCUCAUUUAAAAGCCUGUUAGCACAUGACAGUCUCCUUUCUAGGGAAGGUGAUCCUCUUCACUGCUUCUUUCUGUCAUCUGUAAGUUCUUUCAGACUCCAGAAAAGCCUUGAUCUAAGGAUGAGCUAACCACAGCAAGUACUAUGAGACCCUCUAAUCAGGAAGAAGACUUCCAAAACCUGAUGUGAUGUCUCCUCCUGGAGACGAGGCACGAGGUGCAGGGAAGGGGAGGUGGCUGGAUCCAGGACGAGGAUGAUGCAAUGCUGAAGAGUGAGCUGGAGGAGAGAAGCAGCAGGCACCAUGGAAAAAACCAAAACAAAGCAAGGAGAGAAUGAACAUAUGCCGGUGAAUAACCCUUCCACACAGAUUUAUCAGUUGCAGGCCCUGGCCUCAGAACUAAAAACUGGCUUCACAGAAGCAAUGCAGGAACUGACGCGCAUCCAGCAUGGAGAGUAUGCUUUGGAAGAGAAGGUCAAGAGCUGCAGAUGCUCCAUGGAAGAGAAAGUCACCGAGAUGAAGAAUUCAUUAAACUACUUCAAGGAAGAGCUGAGCAAUGCAAUGUCCAUGAUUCAGGCCAUCACUUCCAAACAAGAAGAAAUGCAGCAGAAAAUCGAACAGCUUCAACAGGAGAAGCGAAGAGAAUCUCGAAAGGUUAAAGCCAAGAAAGCCCAAAAGGAAGAGCAUAGCGCACAGGCCGGAGCUGCAUCUGCACCUGCGCAAGCACAAGGGAGCCCCUUCCGCUCCAUCAAUGUCCCCGAGUCUGGUCUCCCCAGUGAAGACUUCACCAACAUUUUGCCUUCUCAGACCUAUGAAAAAGCUCAAGAGUCCAGAUCAGUUCAUGUAGGAGAUGGCAAUGUGAAGGGAAUGAUGGGCCCUGGAGUGAACCCAACAAAUCCAGAAGCAGAUGAAAACCUUAAUAAGCCUUCUCUCUCAGCUGAGAUCCAGUCUAAGGGCCAUCACACUCCUGGCCUGUGGAGACAGCCCAAGGAUGGCAACGAAUGGAGCGAGGAAUAUGUCACAAAAGAUCACCCAGAUAAACUCAAGGAGGCUGGCCAGGGCAGACACAGUUCCCUGGAAAAUGUUUUAUGUGAAACCUCUUUAGCUGCAAAAAGGCAGACAGUGGCUCUGGAGCUGCUUGAAUCUGAGCGGAAAUAUGUCAUUAACAUCUCUCUGAUCCUGAAGAUAAAGGCGACAUUCCAGGGCUCAGAUGGAAAGAGGAAUUCCAAGGAGAGAAGCCUCUUCCCUGGCUCUUUGCGCUACCUUGUUCAGCAGCACUUGGAUUUACUUCAUGCCCUGCAGGAGAGGGUCCUGAAAUGGCCACGCCAAGGAGUCCUCGGAGAUUUAUUCCUGAAGUUGACAAAUGAUGAGAAUAAUUUCUUGGAUUAUUAUGUUGCAUACCUGAGGGAUUUGCCCGAAUGCAUCUCAUUGGUUCAUGUUGUGGUUCUGAAGGAGGGUGAUGAGGAGAUUAAAUCUGACAUCUAUACCCUGUUUUUCCACAUAGUACAGCGCAUCCCUGAAUAUCUGAUACAUCUCCAGAAUGUUCUGAAGUUCACGGAGCAGGAACACCCCGACUAUUAUCUACUGCUUGUGUGUGUUCAGCGCCUCCGGGUGUUUAUCUCCCAUUACACCCUGCUGUUUCAGUGCAAUGAAGAAUUGCUUAUUCAGAAGCGGAAAAAGCUUAAAAAGUCGUCUAUGGCAAAGCUGUACAAAGGGCUGGCUUCCCAGUGUGCUAAUGCUGGCCAAGAUGCUUCCCCCACUGCAGGCACCGAGGCUGUCCGUGAUAGCGGGAUCCACUCAGAAGAAAUGCUCCAACCAUACCCUUCUGCUCCUAGUUCUGCCCCUUCUGUCACACAUUUGAUGCCCCCGGCGAAGAAAGGCCAACAGCAGCAGAGCCUCAUGGAGAGCAUGCAGCCCGGGAAGCCGGGCGACUGGGAGAUGGAGGGCAGAAAGCACGAGCGGCCUGAGAGCCUGCUGGCCCCAGCACAGUUCUGCACGGCGGAGCAGGACGUGAAGGAGAUGCACUUAGAGGAUGCCACCCGAUUCUGUCCAAAGGAAGAAAGAGAGAGUGAACAGACUUCUUUCAGCGAUCAAAAUCCCAGGCAAGACCAGAAAGGGGGCUUUCGCAGCUCCUUCCGCAAGCUCUUUAAAAAGAAGUCCAGUGGAUCAGAAUACAGGGAAAAAACUAAUGAGAAUCCCUCAAUGGAUCCUUCACCCACCAAACAAGAUUUCUUCAGAAACCGACUUGCUCUUGCAAAUGACCUUGACCAAGGAACAGCUGUGUAAACACAUUUACAGUUGUAUUGUCAAGUGGUAAGAGGAGGGUAAAAGCUUGUAUAUAUCUCUGCAGGAAUAUAUAUAUAUACAUAUAUAUAUAUCAAUGCAUAAAUCCCUGAGGAAAACUAAUAUAAAUAUUUACAUAUGAAACUAAAUCAACAUACAAGAUAUUGAAGAGAUGAAGAUUAGUCUAUGGUUAAGACUUGGCUUAAUGAACCUCAACACUUGGGAAAAGGGAAAUGAAGACUUUUCACAUCAUUACAGAAAAACAUA